GGGUUGCUUCGGCGACAAGCCCAAAUAAAACGGAGUCCUCAGAGGAAAUGAGUGAAGAGGUCGCUUCACAAGAUGGCCCGCUUGAAAAGCAGGAUGCCUUGGAAGAAGCUGGAGGUGGCCCUGUGGAUCUAAGCUCUGAGAACCACACAGUUUCCACACCAGAGCCUGGCAAACAGACGGAGGCUGAGCAGUCGCCUGCGAGUGAGAUUAAAGAUGUAGAGCAUGCUGUUUCUGAAAGUAUUGAGGCCAACGAAGGGAGCAGUGGAGAGGAAAAGAAGGAAAAGCAGAAGAGUAGAAUUCCAGAAGAUUUAUAUUAUGACUAUGAGGAGCUCUACUCCAGACCUUUCACUACUGAAGGCUCCAGCAUCCCUCAGAAUCUGCUGCAACUUUCACAUUCAUUUGGAUAUGACUGCAGGCGUAGGGCUAACCUGCAGCUGCUGGACGAGCACACGCUGGCCUUCGUGGCUGGAAAUGUGCUGGUCCUCCUGGACAUUCGCACCAAAGAGCAGCAUUACAUACGCAGCUGCAGUGGAGGAGGCAUAGGCACAAUUAUGCCUCAUCCCAGCAGGAGGUACGUUGCUGUGGCGGAGAAAGGCGAGCAGCCCAACAUCAUUAUUUAUGAAUACCCUUCACUGCGCCCCUACAGGAUCCUCAGAGGUGGAACAGGUCGGGCGUACACUUUUGUGGAUUUUAACCGUCAGGGCACCCUGCUGGCCAGCGUUGGCAGCGCCCAUGACUACAUGCUGACCCUGUGGGACUGGAGGCAGGAGCAAGUGAUGCUGCGCUGCAAAGCAUUUUCUCAGGACAUCUAUAGAGUGACUUUCUCUCCAGAUAACCCAGGACAGCUCACCACCUCCGGCUCUGGGCACAUCAAGUUCUGGAAAAUGGCAAACACUUUCACUGGUCUGAAGCUGCAAGGCAUUCUGGGAAGAUUCGGAAAAACAGCUCUGACUGAUAUAGAGGGAUAUGUGGAGCUUCCUGAUGGAAAGGUGGUCUCUGGUUCGGAGUGGGGGAAUAUGCUCCUGUGGGAUGGAGGCUUGAUAAAAGUGGAGAUUUGUCGAAAGGAUGGACGGACUUGUCACAGUGGGGCCAUCCAGCAGUUUGCACUGGAUGAGGGGGAGCUGAUGACCAUAGGCACUGAUGGAGCGGUCAGGUGCUGGGAUUUCGAGAACAUUGACACAGCAGACAGUGUGGAUGACAGUGGGCUCUUUGAGAUUGAGCCCAUGAAUGAGCUGAUAAUUGGCCGCAAUGUGAGCUUGACCUCAAUGGUCAAGAGCGCCAUCCCAGACUCUACUAUCUGGUAUGCACAGGAUUCUAAUGGAGGAAUCUGGAAACUGGACCUGUCUUUCUCCAAUAUUACGCAGGAUCCAGAACAUCUUUUCUCGUUCCAUGCUGGGGCCAUUGAGGGAAUGGAUGUAUGUGGCUGCAGUCACUUGAUGGCCACCACUGCACUAGACCGUUCUGUCAGGAUUUUUGACUUCCUCUCAAGGAAAGAACUCACAACCUGCCGCUACAAACAGGGGGGAACCUCCCUCACCUGGGCCCCCUGCAUGGAGCGCAGCAAUGAGGGUUUGGUGGUAGUGGGUUUUGAUGAUGGUGUAGUGCGUCUGUUGGAGUUGUUUAACCCUCACAGCCUCAGAGCAGUCGCUGGGCGCGGUCGCUCUGGAGAAGCUGAGCUCCGCCUCAAGCAGGCCUUCAAACCCCACAAUGCACCUGUGACUGCCAUCUCCUAUGAGCGCAACGGGACCAUCAUGGCUACUGGGAGUGUGGACUGCACAGUGUUUUUCUUUGUGGUAGGGGAGCAAUAUGAGCCUAUAGGCUUUGUAACUGUCCCAGGACCAGUGCAGGUCCUCCAAUGGGCUCCUCAGUCACAUGAGAGAAACACACUGUUGGUGGCAUGUCAGACUGGCCAUGUAGUGGAAAUUGAGGCUCCUGGCCCAGAUGCUCAGAAUGAUGGCAGCACAUACCAACUCCAGAACCUUCCCAUCAGACUCUUCUACUUCAGCAGCAUCAAAUCACGCAUCAAGAGGGAUGCAGAGAUAGGGCGCAGACAGGCUGUGAAGGAAAAGAAAAAGCAGGAGCGAGAGGAGAGAUUACGGAAAAUGAAGGAGCAGGGGCAAGAGCCCACAGAGGAGGAGCUGCAUGAGGAAGAGGACAGAGAGGAGGAGGAAGAGUUACCACCACUAUACAUCCCUAACCCCCCCAGUCCUCUGCACUGUGCCUUUUACUCACAUCCUGGAGCCUUCUGGCUUUCUAUGGGGGGCUAUGACUCAGGUUAUCUGUAUCACUGUAAGUUUGCGGAGCAGCAGUCUAUGGAUAUUUUAGAGCAGAGAGAUGAGCCGUUCUCCUUUAUCCCUGUGCAGGACACUGAACACAACCCCAUCCUCACAGUCUGCUUUAGUGCGGAGAGGCAGCUGCUGCUGUGUGGGAUGCAGGAUGGCAGUAUCCGUGCGUUUCUUCUGGAAGCAGGUGAGUUGCCCCCAGGCUCCAUGCAGGCGUACUGGGCCCUUAGUGUCCACGAUAAUCAGCAUGCCAGCAUCCGCCAGCUUCGCUUCAGCCAUGACAGCAACUGUGUUCUGAGUGGCGGAGCGGAUGGAAACAUCUUCAGCUUCAAGCUGCUGGAGCAGGAGGAGCUGCAGAAACACCAGGCAAAAAUUCCCUCACCCCGCAUUGGCCUGGAGGCAGAGCCAGCAGCCCCAGAUAUAGAGGACCCUGCUGCAUACAGUAUAGAGACGGCUAAGCAGAAGCUAGAACUGGAACGCAUGCAGAAGGAGGCCGAGUUGCGGAAGCAGGAGAAGCGCAAGAAGUUGUCAGAGUUACAGAGUCAAUUCCAGAAACUGUUGCAGCAAAAUCAGAGUCUCCCAGAACACGUCCGUCUGCAGCGUGUGGAGUUGGAGUUGGACCACCGCUUCCGUGAAGAUGCAGAAAGAGUGGCAGCUGAGAAAGUGAGAGAAGUGAGGAGAGAGUUAGCCUGGGAGGAGGAGAGACACCGUCUCAGUCUCCAGAAGCUACAGGAGAGGUUUUGGAAUUUACUGAUGUGUGACAUAGUGACACUGACAGCGAUUGAGAGUGAUUAUAAAGUGUCCACCUACAGGCUGCAGGUCAUGUCCAGUAAGUUUCAACAGAUGAAAGAACAUGAUCAGACUGUCCAGCAGCCAAGCACAGUUGAGCAGGAGCGCUGGCACAAUAAAGGAGAACAGAAAGACCCUGGAAACAUCACAGGUUGGAGUGAGAGCAAAUGUGUGUGGUGCACAUCAGUGCAGGAGGGUCUAGCAGAGCCAGUUGUACUGCAGCCACGGGUUCCGCAGGCGGGGGGCAGUAAACUGGCAGGCAGACAGGCUGAGAAACUGCGCAAGGCAGCAGAGAAAGCAAAGAGAGUCCGUGCCAAGAUUGAGAAGAGAAAGAAGGAGUGGGCUGAGCUCUAUGCUGCGAAACCCAGUGAGGACUGUGAAGACCCUGAGGAUGUACGUGCAAUCCAAUUUGCCACAGAGAACAUGGGUGACUUCAAACUGAAAACAGCCAAAGACUUCACAGUGCCUGAGCACCUGAGGAUGAACGUGGAGAAGAAGAAAGCACAGCUGGUCAUCCUGGAGGAACAGAUCUAUCAGAGGAAGAGUGAGAUGAAUGAGCGUGUGCUGGCUCUGCGGGACUCGAAAGUGGCGCUCAUUUCCCUGCUCCGCUCUCUUCUGAGCCAGCUACGAACCCUGCAGGAGCUGCUGCCUGUGGAGAAGCGUCGCCCGCUGCCUAGUGUGCCCACCCUGCUGCCCGAGGAGACACCCGAAAGGAAGCUGCGCUACAGCCGUGCAACCUUGCAUCGCUAUGCCACCCUGAGGGACAAAGUGGGCUGUCCCACUCAGGAAAAAGGACAGGAACAGACACAGGAUGUGCUGGAGCUUCUCCAACGAGAGAACGAAGAGGACAUACACACAGAGGAGGAGCUUACACACUCACAAGAAAACACACACACACAGGAGCAGCUCACUGAACUGGAGCUGGAGAUGAAGCAUGUGGAGGAGAUCCGCAGCCUCUACAUGCAGGACACACUGAUCAAACAGAUGGAGGAGGCAGUGUGGUGUUUUGAUGCUGAGUUGCGUUUGCUGCGGGGCGAGAAGCUGCGGCUGGACGUUCAGAUGAAGCUGGCUGACCUGCGGCACGUCACGCUGUUUCAGGAGCUUCUCCUGCUCAAAGAGUUUGAGAAGAGAGAGAACACACUUCAGGAGAGACUCAACACCCGCAUGCAGGAAGAGACAGAGCUGAGGCUGAAACUCGAGGAGUGUAAGCAGCAGUUGGAGUUGAAGAAGAGAGACAUAGCCAAACUGCAGGAGAGAGAGAAAGCUCUUACCGCUACCUUCCUCGCCUCACUUGGGGAAAACAAUAAGUUUACAGACUUUCUCACCAGAGUCUUCAAGAAGAAGAUCAAACGAGUGAAGAAGAAAGAGAAGACCAGCACUGAGGAGCAACAGGAGGACAGUGAUGACGAUUCUGAUGAAGAGUCAGGCUGGGGUGAUGAUGAGGAUGAUGAGGAGUCGGAGAGUGGUGCUGGUGUGCUGGAUGACAGUGUGUGUCCACCAAACUGUGAUCCAGAGCUGUUUGAGAACACAGUGAAAUUGCGUGAGCACCGUCUGGAUGUGGAGGAGCUGCUGCUGGAGGAGAAGAAGAGCGCAGACAGCCUAAAGAAAGAGUGUGACUCUCUGCUUAAGAAAGAGAAGAUAGUGCAGAGCAGUCUGAAAGCAGCAGAGGGCGACCUGGAGCUCUUCAACCGAGAGAAGCAACAGAAACUAAAUGAGCUGGAUGUGGUCGUCCCACUAAGACUGCACCAGAUUGAGUAUACAAAUGAUGACGUGGUCCCUUCUAAGUUGGGCAUGGCCUUGGUUCUGAAUACAGCAGCAGUGGGGCACCUACAGGAGCGCAUUAAGGAGCUGCAGCAGGAGAAGAACCAGCAGAGGGAGCUCUACAGACAUGCCCGCCAGCAACAUGUACAGCUCAGCCACGAGCGCAGAGAAAUGGAGGCCAAGAUACUAGAGUUAGAGGCUCGCUGUGAGCGGAUGAUGAUGAUGAAGUUUGGUAAGCUAGUGGACCUGGAGGCCCUGCAGACUCUGUCGGGCAGCAGGACGCUGGAGGAGAUGAGGCAGGAGAGCCGAGUUAGAGAGGCAGAGUACACGCAGGAGCUCAAACUCUGGCAGGACAAAGUGGCUGAUGCCAGGCUGGCAGUGACCGAAGUGACCAGAGAGCACACUGAGCGCCUGCACAGACUCAACAGCCUACUGACCAAACAAAAACAACUGGAGGAUAAACUUAACACCAGACAGAGGAAAAUGGGUGCGCAGUUCCAGGGUCGGCGGCAGGUUGAGGAAGAGGAGCGGCGACGAAUGCAGAAGCUGAUCCAGAGUCAGGCUGAUGAAAUUGAGUCACUGAGGCAGGAGAUAGGUGCCCUGUCCCGAAAAGGUGGACACAUUCUCCCCCCAUCCCAGCCCAGCCUACCUGCCAUCCCCACUAUGCCACUCGCCCACAUGCAGCAUACACACACACGCUUCAGCAUGGGCUGGAGACACUCCCCUAGCAGCAGCCAUGAGGUGGAGUAGACCACUGCUUUAGCUCAGCUUUAUACACAAACACUUCAGCACAUGCACAAACACAAUCUUUGAUCAACUUAGUCAUUUACACAGUCAUAUACUCUCACUGUUCCCUAUUAAUUAUAUAAUCAUCCCUACCCACUCACCCACUGUUUCUCAGUGACAGCUCAGGCCACAAAUAAACAAGCUUUUCAUUUUGGCUUGCAAACUGCUUUUUGUUUGCUCACUGUCUUUAUUACUACUACACUACUACUACAAAUACACUUGUUUACAUGUUUUUCACCUUGCAUGAUCUAUUGGUAUCUAUAAAAUGGAAAAAAGUUAGCUAAGCAUUGAUGAGAACAGUAGUAGCAACCCCUUUAAAGCUUGUCCAUUUUUGUAAAUAACUGUAUGUCAAUAAUUACAGUUGGGCGAUAUGGCAAAAAUAUAAUAUCGCAAUACUUCAGGUUUUCAGGUAUUGGAAUACUGUGUGGCAAUAAAUCCAGACAGAUGAGACUAACUUUGCUCUCUCUAUAAUGAAACAUGCAGUUGGUCAGUGUUCCAUGAGUAGUGAUGAUACAUAAGAUAUGUUUGGAAAAGUGUAUUGUAUUGUGAGAUAAUUUAUCAUAGUAAUAAAAUAUAUUGUCUUAUUGCCCAGCCCAGGGGUCGGCAACAUGCAGAUCUUUUACUGCCCUGUUGUGGCUGUACAGCAGCUGGUGUGCAGACUGUUGGUCACCAUAGUAAUGCAGAUAAUAGUCUCGCCUAGCUAGUAUCUAAUGAAAAGACGAAGAGAAAUAUUUAAGACAGACAUCGGACAUUUGGAGACUUAUUUGCAUUUAUAAGUACUCCAUUUAUAAAUGCAAGUACUGCAUUUAUAAUUUUCCCAUUCCACCUUGAAUGGUGCAGCAGUUGCAUUCUGAUGCCACUGGGACCAUUUAAGGUGGAACAUUUGAGCAAGAUGCAGUUGAAUAAGAAAUGACUUCAGCCUCGUAAAAAGUCAAACGUUGAGAGACAUUUUACAAGAAACUGUUCUACUUUUGAGGAAAAGUUUCUUGCCAGAGAUGCGAGAAAAGCAGCUAUAACUGAGCUAAAGCUUAAAGCAGAGCAAAGCAAGUCUUUGUUUUCGUUUAUGUUUUAGUCUGUACUAGAACAUUAGCUAGCACAUAUUAAGACAUGUUUUCAGCCAAGAUAGUAAAAAGUUAUUUAAAUAAAAUGGGUAUAAAAUAUUGUGGCUCUAAAGAUUAGAUUUUUUUUUAAAGGACAUAAUGACUCUCAUUAAUAUUUUGGUUGCCCUUGGGGGAAAGGGGAAAUUUAGAUUUUUGUCUUGAAGCACUUUUAUAGGUAUAGUUGUUUUAUACUAAUUAUUUGUACUUACUGAAACAAGCAGAGAAAGGUAUGUGCAAUUUCUAAACUCUGAAUGCAUACGUUCUCAACGUAGAACAUAUUUUAUAAUGAUUUGAAUCAUUUUAGUUUCUUUACAUUGAAACAAACAACUAAAAGAUACAAGUGCAGGCUCAAAGGUGUCUAUGCAGAACACAAAGUGAAUGUAUGUGUAAUUCAUUAAAUAUCUGUGUAAUGAAAAAAUAUAAUGAUGUAGUUAUAUAUUUAAGUGAAAGUAAUAACUCUCAAUGUCUUAGAGUGAAAGCUGGUGUCCUUUACAUGCAAAGACAUGUUUGGCUCGCGAGUGGGCGGCUCAGCUUUGGCCUGCUUAUUUAAGCAGAUUUUUGGUCCUGUCCACUUCCCCUGACCACAUUAAAGCAGGAAAGCUCUUGAGUUUGUUCGGCCUCCACAAUGGGCCGCCAGCCGAUCAAAAGAGGUAAAUAUUGCACAUAAUAACUGUGUGCUUUCAUAAAGUGGCUGGGAAUUGCGGCGCAAAAUGCCAGGUUAGGGGUCGUCACGGAAACGCAGCGAGCGCAGGGCGGGGCUCUUUGUGCCUGGACGGCUGAGUGGUGGAGAGGGUGAAUAGGGGAUUAACCCCGCCCCAGUGGCUCUCAAUGCAGCGCCCCGCUGAGAGCCAAGAGCCCAUUCCCAUGUGCUGGCCUUUAUUCCAGCCAUUCAAGAGUCAAUAGACACACAUACACACUCACGAACAUUAAAAUGCCACCUCGCUCUCACACUCAUCACCACUGCACAAUAUUAGCCCAGAGAUUAUAACCAUCAGGAGAAUAACAAGAGUUCUUAUUUUGUAAAGUCUGUUAAUUGUCUUUAUUUUAUUUUGUGUUUUAGUUGUUGACAAAACAUUUUAUUACUCUUGAAACAAACAAAGUAUUUUAAAACUUUUGAUCAAAAGCAAAGAGCCUGAUCAGAAAUGGCAAGAAAGCCUAGUGUGUGUACACAUGAAAAAAGUCUGUAAAACACACACACACACAUCUUCUAAGAUGCUUCUCCUUCUGGGUCGCAGGGGGUGUCUGUAAAACACAAAAUUGAAAAUAUAAAUAGAAGAAUGCAGAAUUAUUUACAAGAUGCAAAUGAUAAACAUAUGCAACCUUUAGUAAAGCUAAU